AACAGUCCCAACCCACACACGGACCCCCCAGCUAGCAGUCAUUCACCUGGCCCACAGCACUGGCCUCAUACCCUCUGCCACAGCCAUGACUCAGUCACUGGCUCUGAGCCUCCUUGUCUUGGUCCUGGCCUUCUGCAUCCCCCAGACCCAAGGCAAUGAUGGAGGAGCACAGGACUGUUGCCUCAGGUACAGCAUCAGGAAGAUUCCUGCCAAUGUUGUCCGCAGCUACCGGAAGCAGGAACCAAGCUUGGGCUGCCCCAUCUCGGCAAUCCUGUUCUCGCCUCGGAAGCGCUCUCAGCCAGAGCUCUGUGCUGACCCUAAGAUGGACUGGGUGCAGCAGCUGAUGAAGCGCCUCGACAAGCCACCAGCCCCACGGAAGCAAGGCCAGGGCUGUAAGAAGGACAAGGCGGGGUCCAAGCCUGGCAAGAAGGGGAAAGCCUCCAAAGGCUGUAAAAGGUCUGAGCGGCCACAGGCCACCAAAGGGCUUGGAGUCCCGGAGGCCCCACCAACCUCACCAGGGCUGGAGCUCCGACCCAAGGAACAAGAAGUGAACUAAGAAAGGGAAGAACAAGGGCCUCAGAGUGCCCCCCGCCCCAUGCUGGCUUUGCCACAUCCCUUCUCCUGCUUGAACCAUCGCAAACACCCAUCUGUGCUUGCAGUCCUAACCUGCAUAGCUGAGCUGCGCACGCCAGGCCAGGCCUGGAGAGGCAGAAGAGGGAGAGUCUCCCAGGAAGUGUGAGAGGAGGCAGCAGGACUGUCCCCUCUGAGGAGAAAAGGUCACCCAGGACCCUGGACCUGAGCCUGCUCCCCAUGGCACCUCAAGCCUUCCUUGUAAAUAUGAUCGAUAGCUAACUGAAUAAAAAGCUGUCCUCGCCUCCCGCCCUAGGAUCUGUUGUUGUGUAUUUGUGUCAUAAGA